AAUCAGUCUGUUAUUUUGCGAUAAGACCCAUCUUUAUAAAAGGAUCCUACACCUCCCGAUCAAUCAGUUACCUUGUUUCUUCAUCAUUAUACGUUUAGUGUUAGUGUUAGCGAGAACUUAGGACAUUUAUUAUGAAAGGAAGUCGCGUGGUGGCUACGUUGCUAGUGGCAAUAUGGGCUGCUGUAGCAGUUCGUGCAGAUGAAGAAAUUCCAACGGAAUGUCCAGCUGAAGAUUCAUUAUAUUACACAGUUCACCUUGCCCAUGAAUAUGACUGUACAUUGUUCUACACAUGUGCUCAUGGGAAGAAAGUUCUUACACAAUGUCCUCUCAUGGACACGAACGGAAACAGAUUGCAUUUCAAUCCGCUCCUCCAAGUGUGUGACUGGCCACAAUCCGCAGGAUGCAAUUCUGUAGGUUCUUCAUCAACUGAAUCUGAUAGUAGUGUCACCGUAACAACUGCAGCUUCUACUAUUUCCGGAGAUAGUAGUGUCACAACUGGAUCCACGGACGAAACGACAGAAGCCGUGACUGCUCCGACGACGUGCCCUACAGAUGAGUCAGGAAAUGCUGUACAUCUUGCCCACGAAUCUGACUGCACGCUAUUCUAUACAUGUGAUCACGGAUCUAAAAUUCUGCAAUCUUGUCCAUCUGGAUUGCAUUUCAACUCUAUAUCACAAGUUUGCGAUUGGCCGGAUAGUGCUGGAUGCCAGAAUAAUAACGGGGACGAAAGUACUCCUGUAACUUCAGAGAACGAAGUAACGACUAAUGCUGCUGAAGAAUCCACCAUCGCAGCUUCUGAAGAAUCGACCACUGCAGCUGCCGAAGUACCUACCACCGCAGCUCCUGAAGAAUCCACCACCGCAGCUGCCGAAGUACCUACCACCGCAGCUCCUGAAGAAUCCACCACCGCAGCUGCCGAAGUACCUACCACCGCAGCUCCUGAAGAAUCCACCACCGCAGCUGCCGAAGUACCUACCACCGCAGCUCCUGAAGAAUCCACCACCGCAGCUGCCGAAGUACCUACCACCGCAGCUCCUGAAGAAUCCACCACCGCAGCUGCCGAAGUACCUACCACCGCAGCUCCUGAAGAAUCCACCACCGCAGCUGCCGAAGUACCUACCACCGCAGCUCCUGAAGAAUCCACCACCGCAGCUGCCGAAGUACCUACCACCGCAGCUCCUGAAGAAUCCACCACCGCAGCUGCCGAAGUACCUACCACCGCAGCUCCUGAAGAAUCCACCACCGCAGCUGCCGAAGUACCUACCACCGCAGCUCCUGAAGAAUCCACCACCGCAGCUGCCGAAGUACCUACCACCGCAGCUCCUGAAGAAUCCACCACCGCAGCUGCCGAAGUACCUACCACCGCAGCUCCUGAAGAAUCCACCACCGCAGCUGCCGAAGUACCUACCACCGCAGCUCCUGAAGAAUCCACCACCGCAGCUGCCGAAGUACCUACCACCGCAGCUCCUGAAGAAUCCACCACCGCAGCUGCCGAAGUACCUACCACCGCAGCUCCUGAAGAAUCCACCACCGCAGCUGCCGAAGUACCUACCACCGCAGCUCCUGAAGAAUCCACCACCGCAGCUGCCGAAGUACCUACCACCGCAGCUCCUGAAGAAUCCACCACCGCAGCUGCCGAAGUACCCACAACCGCAGCUCCUGAAGAAUCCACAACCGCAGCUUCUGAAGAAUCUACCACUGCAGCUGCCGAAGUACCUACCACCGCAGCUCCUGAAGAAUCCACCACCGCAGCUGCCGAAGUACCUACCACCGCAGCUCCUGAAGAUUCCACCACCGUAGCUGUCGAAAUACCCACAACAGCAACUCCUGAAGAAUCUACCACCGCAGCCGCCGAAGUACCCACAACCGCGGACUUUAGUUCUGGUACUACCUCCCCGAUAACAAAUGCUACAGACUGUUCCACGGAUACUAACUCUGUAUAUCGUAUACCUCAUGGUUCUGAUUGUUCCAAGUAUUAUACUUGCUACUAUGGAGAAAUGAUUCUUGAAGAAUGUUCAGCUGGAUUGUUGUUUGAUCCUGUCACGCUCGUUUGUUCUUGGGCCGACGAAGUUGACUGUCAAAUUGUAUCAAGCACGGAAUUAAGUACAACCAAUGAUGAUUCUCAGGAAAGCACAACUACUCCAGGGUCUACCGUAUCUUCAACCACAGCUUCAUCGCAGAUUCCUACAGAAUGUCCCGAAGUUGAUUCACCCGAAACUGUAGUUCUUUUACAACAUGAAUGCAUAUGCAACAAAUACUACCUCUGCGAGAACGGAAGGCAAAUUCUUCAGAAGUGUCCUUACGUACUACAUUUCAAUCCUGUGUUACAAACAUGUGAUUGGCCUGAAAAUGUUGGAUGUGAAGAUGGUGUUACGAUUGGAACAAUUGGAACAGCGGCAACCACUGAAGAUUCUACAACAGAAAAUAUUGACAGUUCCACAACUGCAGUCGCUGACGACUCUACUAGUGCAGUCACUGAUGAUUCCACAAGCGCAGUGACGGACGAUUCCACAAGCGCAGUCACCGAUGAUUCCACAACUGCAGCCGUUGAUGAUUCCACAAGUGCAGUGACGGACGAUUCCACAAGCGCAGUCACCGAUGAUUCCACAACUGCAGCCGUUGAUGAUUCCACAAGCGCAGUGACUGACGAUUCCACAACUGCAGUCGCAGAUGAUUCCACCAGCACAGUCACUGAUGAUUCCACAAGCGCAGUCACCGAUGAUUCCACAACUGCAGCCGUUGAUGAUUCCACAAGCGCAGUGACUGACGAUUCCACAACUGCAGUCGCAGAUGAUUCCACCAGCACAGUCACUGAUGAUUCCACAAGCGCAGUCACCGAUGAUUCCACAACUGCAGCCGUUGAUGAUUCCACAAGCGCAGUGACUGACGAUUCCACAACUGCAGUCGCAGAUGAUUCCACCAGCACAGUCACUGAUGAUUCCACAAGCGCAGUCACCGAUGAUUCCACAACUGCAGCCGUUGAUGAUUCCACAAGCGCAGUGACUGACGAUUCCACAACUGCAGUCGCAGAUGAUUCCACCAGCACAGUCACUGAUGAUUCCACAAGCGCAGUCACCGAUGAUUCCACAACUGCAGUCACCGAUGAUUCCACAACUGAAGUCGCUGAUGAUUCCACAAGCGCAGUCACUGACGAUUCCACAACUGCAGUCACCGAUGAUUCCACAACUGAAGUCGCUGAUGAUUCGACAAGCGUGGUCACUGACGAUUCUACAACUGCAGUCACCGAUGAUUCCACAACUGCAGCCGCAGAAGCCACUACGGAUGGAAUUACGACCCAAGAUGAUUCAAGUUCAAGCGAUUCUACUCAAAAUGAUGAAUCUAGUUCAACUACUGAUACCAGUGAAAUCAUUACCGAUGACUUCGACUCACCAGUUGAAAAUUCCAAUGCCACAACUACUCCCAGCCCUUCCUCCUGCGUGGGCACUUGUCCUGCAAAAGACCCUGUGACAUACACCGUACUUCUACCAAACACCGACUGUUCCAAAUUCUGUAAAUGCAGUAAUGGCGUAGCCUAUGAAUAUGAUUGCCCAGCCAAUCUUCACUUUAGUGUAGCUCUAGCUACCUGCACUUAUCCUAAAGACGCAAACUGCGAACGAUCCGCCAGUCUCGCAGUUGAAACUGACUCUCGCAGAAAAGAGAGAAGUGUAGAUCGGCGCUUGAACCCUAAAUUUGCAGGAUUCAAUAGAGGUAUGGGAUAUUAGAAGAAAAUGUGGGCACAGAGACGAAUUAGUUUCAGGGAGCCUGUAAUCAUGUAUUGUAUAAAACGAUACUAAAAUUGUGUAAUAAAAGAAUUAUCCGUUGUGAAGCAUAAGUACUUUCGAUUUAGUAUUUAUUUGUACUGUGUAGCUGUGACUAAUUUAAUAUAAUAAUUAUUUAUGUUUGUAAUUGAUUUCUCUAUAAAAUAAAUCAUUAUCAUGUAUUUGCAAUUAAUACCUGUCUGGCGGCUGGACCAAAUAUAUGCUCACCCUAUUUGUAGAGUAA